GAGCCAAAACAUUUGCCACGCAGAGCGAGUGUAUGUGUUUCGCCUUUGGCUUCCCCCAAAUGCAGAGAUCUUCUGCAUCGACCGGGGAGGGGUUUCGAGCUUUCUCCCUCUGAAAUUUAAAUGACCUCAACUCCCUCCUCUCUCUCUACCCUCUAUUUGCCUCCUCUUUACCCAGUCUCUCUCUCUAAUUCCCCUGUUGCCUUUCUUUCUCUGUAUCCGUUGUUGCGUCCUCUGCUCUCUCUCUAACUCACUUCUGAUUCUCCCUAUCAAAUUCAUCUGAGAUUUUGAGUUUUCUCGCCGUUCUCUCUCAUCAUGGCAUCUGGUCAGGACUCGGGCACAACUCUCAUGGAUCUGAUAACAUCUGAUCCCUCAUCUCUCUCUCAGUCAUCAAACACAGGAGGGGGAGGACCACCCCCUUCUUCGACGUUAGGAAAGCCUGCUCAAUCUACUGACCGAAAGACGAAGAGAACAUCGCUGUCUCAGAUCCAGAGUGACACCAUGUCCGCUGCUAAGGCUGCCCUUUCACCUGUUAGGGCCAAUAUCAUGCCUCAGAAGCAGAAGAAAAAGCCUGUUUCAUAUUCACAACUCGCAAGGAGUAUCCACGAGUUUGCUGCAACAUCUGAUCAGAAAAGUUCGCAGAAGCAGUUAGUGCAUCAUGUAUUUCCCAAACUCGCUGUGUACAAUUCAGUUGACCCUUCUUUGGCUCCAUCUCUUCUCAUGCUCCAUCAACAAUGUGAGGACAGGAAUAUCUUGCGUUAUGUGUACUACUAUUUGGCUAGAAUCUUAUCUGAUACUGGGGCUCAAGGUUUAAGCCCAGGUGGUGGGAUCCCCACUCCCAACUGGGAUGCACUUGCUGACAUUGAUGCUGUUGGAGGGGUGACAAGAGCUGAUGUUGUGCCUCGAAUAGUUGAACAACUCACUGCUGAGGCUAUGAAUGCUGAUGUUGAAGUUCACGCACGCAGGCUUGCAGCUUUGAAGGCACUUACCUUUGCUUCAACAAGCAAUUCAGAGGUCUUAGCUAAGCUAUACGAAAUUGUGUUUGGCAUUCUCGAUAAGGUUGCUGAUACAGGUAAACAGAAACGUAAGAAAGGCAUGUUUGGAAGACCAGGAGCAGAUAAAGAGUCUAUCAUUCGGAAUAAUUUACAGUAUGCAGCUCUUAGUGCAUUGAAGAGACUCCCAUUGGAUCCUGGGAAUCCGGCAUUCCUUCAUCGAGCCAUUCAGGGGCUUUCAUUUGCCGAUCCUGUUGCUGUAAGGCAUGCCUUGGGGAUUAUAUCUGAUCUGGCUACAAGGGAUCCAUAUUCUGUUGCCAUGGCGUUAGCAAAGCAUGUAGGCCCAGGAGGUGCUCUACAGGAGGUUCUUCAUCUGCACGAUGUACUUGCAAGAAUUUGCCUUGCUAGAUUGUGUCAUACGUUAUCUAGAACUCGUACAUUAGAUGAAAGGCCGGACAUUAAAGCUCAGUUCACUGCUAUGCUAUAUCAGCUGCUUCUUGAUCCUAGUGAAAGAGUUUGUUUUGAAGCUAUAAUGUGUGUAUUGGGGAAAUUUGAUAACACAGAGAGAACUGAAGAACGGGCUGCUGGAUGGUUUCGGAUGACUAGAGAAAUUCUGAAGUUGCCAGAGGCUCCAUCUGUAUCAUCUGGUAAAAGUAAUGAUUCACAAGCUAAGGACUCGGGUGCUCAAUCAAAAGAUGGCCUCCCUCCCAAAGCCACAAGUGAUCGACCGGCUCCAAAGCCAAGACGUCCACAGCCUCUUAUCAAACUGGUAAUGAGAAGGUUGGAGAGUUCCUUCCGAAGUUUCUCUAGGCCAGUGCUUCAUGCAGCAGCACGAGUCGUGCAAGAGAUGGGAAAAAGUCGGGCUGCUGCAUUUGCUUUAGGUGUUGAUAUCGAUGAAGGAAGCCAUCUUCAAUCAUACUAUGAAAAUGGUGGUGCUGGAACUGAUUCAGCUGAGCAUGAUGACACUUCACACUCUGAUGCAGCUGCCCGUGCAAAGGUUUCAUUGUCUAAUGGAACUGGAGGGAAGGAAACUAUUGCAAGUUUACUUGCUUCUUUAAUGGAGGUUGUCCGUACAACUGUGGCAUGCGAGUGUGUUUAUGUCCGUGCGAUGGUUAUAAAAGCUUUGAUUUGGAUGCAAAGUCCAAAUGAGUCAUUUGAAGAACUUGAAGAUAUCAUUGCUUGUGAGCUUUCUGAUCCAGCUUGGCCUUCGACAUUGUUGAAUGAUGUCUUACUCACCUUACAUGCUCGAUUUAAGGCAACACCAGAUAUGGCAGUCACUCUGCUGGAAAUUGCGAGGAUUUUUGCGACAAAAGCUCCUGGAAAGAUUGAUUCGGAUGUUUUACAAUUACUUUGGAAAACAUGCCUAGUUGGAGCUGGACCUGGUGGAAAGCACACAGCUUUGGAGGCAGUAACUAUCGUUCUCGACUUACCACCACCACAACCAGGGUCCAUGGUUGGGCUUCCAUCAGUUGAUAGGGUUUCUGCAUCUGAUCCAAAAUCAGCUUUGGCACUUCAAAGAUUAGUUCAGGCAGCAGUGUGGUUUCUUGGAGAAAAUGCGAACUACGCUGCAUCUGAGUAUGCCUGGGAAUCAGCAACGCCUCCUGGUACAGCACUUAUGAUGUUGGAUGCAGAUAAGAUGGUUGCUGCUGCCAGUUCUCGCAAUCCAACUCUUGCAGGCGCCUUAACCCGCCUUCAAAGAUGUGCUCUUAGUGGAAGUUGGGAGGUCCGCAUAGUUGCUGCUCAAGCUCUCACAACUAUUGCGAUUAGGUCUGGUGAGCCUUUUAGGCUGCAAAUAUAUGAAUUUUUACAUGCUUUAGCACAAGGUGGAGUGCAAGCUCAAUUUUCAGAUAUGCAAAUCAGUAAUGGUGAAGAUCAAGGUGCUAGUGGCACCGGUCUUGGGUCUUUAAUAAGCCCUAUGUUGAAGGUUCUUGAUGAAAUGUACACUGCACAGGAUGAUUUAAUUAGAGAAAUGCGCAAUCAUGAUAACAACAAACAGGAAUGGACAGAUGAUGAGCUCAAGAAACUAUACGAGACCCACGAACGGCUUCUUGAUCAAGUGUCCUUGUUCUGCUAUGUUCCACGAUCAAAAUAUCUACCUCUAGGGCCAACAAGUGCAAAACUUAUUGAUAUCUAUCGCAAGCGACACAACAUCGAUGCAUCUGCUGGAUUGAAGGAUCCUGCUGUUGCUACAGGGAUUUCUGACCUUGUUUAUGAGUCUAAAGUGCAACAGGAACAACAUAAUUCUGAUUCUCCUGAUCUUACAAAUGCCUGGGCAACAAAUCUUGAUGAUGGUUUGUGGGGGACUAGUGCACCUGCAAUGAUUCGGGUAAAUGAGUUUCUUGCUGGUGCUGGCACUGAUGCCCCUGAAGUAGAUGAUGAAAUUAUACCCUCCAGACCGUCAGUUGGUUAUGAUGAUAUGUGGGCUAAGACGAUUUUAGAAACUUCAGAAGUAGAGGAAGAUGAUGCAGCAUCAUCAGGGGCAUCUUCUCCUGAAUCAGCUGCCUCUAUUGAAUCUUCAAUAUCAUCCCACUUUGGUGGAAUGCAGUACCCAUCAUUGUUCAGUUCUCGUCCAACUUCCUAUGGUGGCACACGGCAAUUGGAUGACAGGUCAGGAGCGCCUAGCAGAUUAAGCAAUACUUCAGGUGGCAAUUAUUCUUCAACUUUUGAAGGGAUGGGAUCUCCGGUGAGAGAAGAGCCUCCAUCGUAUGCUUCAUCUACAAAAAAGAGGUUUGAGUCAUUUGGAAAUCCAUCAUCUGAGUAUGGCCUUCGGAGUUUUGGCUCACAGGAGGAGGAAGAGCCUGCCUCUGAAAAUCCACAAUUUGGAACAGCACUUUAUGAUUUCACUGCAGGUGGCGAUGAUGAGUUGAACUUGACAGCUGGUGACGAAGUUGAAAUUGAUUAUGAGGUUGAUGGUUGGUUCUAUGUCAGGAAAAAGAAGCCAGGAAGAGAUGGUAAAAUGGCCGGGCUGGUGCCUGUACUCUAUGUGAGCUCUUCAUGAGACAAAUGAUUUGUCCUUGGCAUCCGAAAUAUUUUGGUCUCUCUCUCUCUCUCUCUCUCUCUCUCUCUCUCUCUCUCUCUCUCUCUCUCUCUCUCUCAUUGUUUUCAUACGGAAGAGGAAGUUUUCGCCAUGGUUGUUGUGGAGUGCUCAUUCACUUCGAUUGCAGUUACUCUUGCUGUCUUCAUUAUCGCAAUUCUUGCUGGUUGUGCAUCUUGUUUGUAUUUGCAUAUUUUUUAGCUGUUCCCCAUGUAACCAUUUUUUCGGUCUUUGUUUUGUGCAUCUUGUUUUUUAAGUCUAAAUGUUAGGUUGCAGUUGUGUUA